CAACACACCAGAUCCGUCUGAGGUCUAAUGAAUAAACCCCGUAUUAUGGUGACAGAAUUAAAUAAACUGGACAAUCUGAUGUCUGAAAGCAUCCUUUAAACCUGUGCUGUGUUUUCUUUAUAGUUUCGUGUGUUUCAGACAAACAGCUUCAUGAGACGGAUUAAAAACCUAAAUAGCCACAAGUCUCUGAGGGCCCUCUAGUGGCUGAGUUACGGAGCUGCAGCUCCUCUGGUCCUUUGGACCUACUAAUUCUAAUUCUAAUGAUGGUGAACGGUGACGUCACAUGGACAGAACUUCCACAGAACUUCCACACGACGUGUAGAAAUGGCUGAUUUGGACAAAAACCCUAAACGGGAGGGAGAGCAAUCAGAGCCAGUGGCCUCCUGCAUCAGUCAGGAGCUUAUGGAGAAAGACAGCAUGCUGAAAACAAUGCAGGAGGAAAAGGAAGUGAUGGCUAAAAAGUUAAGAGAGCUUGAGGAGAAUAAAGAGAGAAUGGAAGAGAUCAGAAAGGCAGAGCAGAGAAAUAAUCUGCGUGAAGAAAUGAAGAGAGCUCUCGCAGAUUUUAAGCAGGAACAGAUGGAGAGAGAUCGAGCUAUUCAGAUGCUCUUGGAGGAAUUGAUGAGGAUGCUAAAGAAUCUGAAAGAAACUCAGGCUCAAAUAAAUAAAGGGAAAGACACAAAAGCGAGAGACAGAUCAGACGACAAGAAUAAGGUAGUUACUCUGAAGUUGGGGCAUGUGGAAACCAUGUUUUUUGUAAGCAGAGAGCAGCAGGACAGAGAGGAGGCCGAGCUGGGGGACGAGAGGAUACAAGAGCUUGAGAAGGAAAACCAGAAACAGAAGGAGCUCAGAAAGGUGGAGUUGAAUAAUCUGCAAGAAAACAUGCACAGAGAAUUUAGAGGAUUAAAGAAAGAGCUGGAGGAGAGAGAAAUGGUUCACCUGGUACAGACAGAGGAAUUACUGAUAAAGAUAAAGAAUCUGGAGCGAAACCAGUCUCAGAUAGAAGAAGAUCUGUCUGAUGCUAUGAUGGACUCAGAAAAGCAGACUGGAGAGAUGGAGGAACAAGACAACACAAAGGCGCGAGAGAUGGAGGAGCAACUCACCCUGAAGGUGCGAGAGCUGGAGGAGAGGAACUCUGCACUUCUGCAACACAUCUGUGAGCUUCAGGCUAACAUCACACUCUUUGUGGAACGAGAAAUGAUAGCUGACUCGAUGAUACAGGUCUUAGAGAAAGACAAAAUGGACCGAAUGAAAGAGAGAGAGAUCUGGAAGAAACAGAGAAUGUUAUGGAAGGAAGCGGCAGAAAAAUGUUUGGAGGGAAGAAAGAGCUUAGAGAAAGAGAGGGAGAUCUGGAAGAAGAAGCUACGUGAAGCUAUGUUGGAAAUUCAGUCUAUGAAGUACACAAAGAGCAAAACGGAUAAAUGCAAGUUGAAGGAAUUGGAACAGAGGAACGCUGAGCUCCAUCAAAGCAACAGUGAGCUUCAGGCUUCCAUCAAACAACUUCAGGAAGGAGCAGACAUGGCAGUGAUCGAACACAUGGACAGAGAGAGAAAGAGCUGGGAGAAAGAGAGAAAGAGCUGGGAGAAAGACAGAGAGAGCUGGGAGAAAGAGAGAGAGAGUUGGGAGAAAGAGAGAGAGAGCUGGGAGAAAGAGAGAGAGAGCUGGGAGAAGAAGAAGGCCAGUGAGGAUGAGUUGGGAAGUCACAAAGACGCAAAGAAGCAGACAGAUCAGGGCACGCUUCAGCAAAAUGUAACCGAGCUCCAGGAUUCUUUCCAGCAACCUAAGGAAGUAACAGAAAGGCAGUGAGACAGAGAAAGACAAACAGAAUGGAAAAGGGAAUCUGAGGAAGUCAUAUUUUGAUUCAAAAGAGAGAGAGAGAGAGAGAGAGAGAGAGAGAGAGAGAGAGAGAGAGAGAGAGAGAGAGAGAGAGAGAGAGAGAGAGAAGCAGCCGGCUUUGCAUAUCAAUAAAAUGUGUUUUUGUUCCUUUUAUCAAAAACAAAAAAUAGUGAGCAAUCAUCAUUAUCAACAUCGUCAUCAUCAUCAUCGUCAGGUGUCAUUUCGGAUCAUUGUUUUGUUUUUGUUUUUUUAGUAUUUAGUGCCGAUUACAUACAGAGAAAAAAGAACAACAGUUAAUUACAGGAGAAAACACGUUAACAUCAAAUCAAAAAUUUAAACCAAAUUUUUGUAAAGUUGGAAGUUUAAACUUGGAUCUUAAGUGUAGAAAUGUCACGGACAGUGGUUGCAAGAGUGGGGGCUCGGGGGCUUGAGCCACUCAUGUAUUGUCAAGACUGAAAACAUUUUACAUCACAAGGUCGUUAACUCAACUAUACAUGGAGAAACAUGGAGUAUAUGUAUCACAUCGUGUGAGUUUAUAUUAAAAACAACUGUUCUCUGUG